AUGGAUUUUAAACCAAGUGAUGGAUUUUUCGAUUUGUGCAUAAAUGUACCAAACAACAAUGAGAAUCCUUUUUUAUACGACAUUUUAUUAAAGUUAUAUCACAUGGGUUAUAAAACAGUGAUGUUAAAUCAAACAAUAGAUGAAAGCACUAUUGAUAACGAUAGAAAAAAGAAGAAGAAAGGUGAAGAAAGUAAAUCUGUACCAAAUAUUGUGCCAGAUCCAAUUAAUGCACAAUGUGCAAAUUUGAAAAAAUAUAAUUUAUAUGCUCUUGUUCCAACUAAACAAGAUAUGUUGGAGUUUGCUUGUUCUCAAUUAAAUGUAGAUCUUAUUACCCUAAGACCAUCAAUUUCUGGUAUAAAAAUGAAAAGAAAAAUGUAUCGGCAGGCAGUAGCAAGAGGUUUAUGUUUUGAAAUUCAAUAUGCAGAUCUUUUGAAUCGAAAAACACGCAUAGCAACUAUUCAUUACUCUCAUCUACUUUACAUGUGUUAUAAAUGUACGAAUGUAAUCAUAUCAAGUGGUGCAAACAAUCCCAAUUUAAUCAGGAGCCCUUAUGAUAUUAUAAAUCUUGGAUCUAUGCUGGGUUUAAGCGAAGUCAAAUCAAAAGCAGCUAUAUUAAAUCAGUGUCAACUUCUCCUUUUAAGAGCAGAAAGACGUAUAUCUGGUAAAGCAAUAUUUACAGUGGAAUUUACAGAAGAACCAGUAGAGGAAGAUAAUGAGGAAGAUAAUGAGGAAAAUCAUUGA